UGCAGCGGAAGAUGAGCUAGCCAGACAAGAACGAUUGGCCGCCCACUGCAACAGAACUGCUGCAGCGCGUGCAGCGGAAGAUGAGCUAGCUAGACAGCGACGACUUCACAGUGAUCGAGAAAGACAUACUGCAACAAGAGUGCGACAGCAACCGAAUAUUCCACCAGCUCUGAACUAUGAUGCAGCACAACCUCCACUUCCGUGUUGUAUUGGCUCUAUGACAAACGUGUGUGUCAACUGCGGCGCUAUGAAGUGGAAAGGAGAAGCACCUGGCAUGUGUUGCAGUAGCGGGAAAGUGAAACUGGCAACUCUGCAAGAUCCACCGCUCUUGCUAAAAUCAUUGCUUCUAGGUGACUCAGAAACGUCUAGGCAUUUCCUUACAAAUAUUCGCAAGUACAAUUCAGCUUUUCAGAUGACAUCAAUGGGUUGCAAUGAAAUUAAGGAAACACAUGGAUGGAAUCCUUGCUUCAAAGUGCAAGGUCAAGUGUACCACCUCAUUGGAAGCCUGUGCCCUUUGCCUAAUGAAGAAUCCAAAUUUGCUCAAAUCUACUUUUUGGGUGAUGUGGAGAGAGAGAUACAAGUAAGACAAGGCAUUGUUCCUGGUUUGAGAAUAAAUAUCAUUGAGGGUUUACAAAACAUGCUUCAUGCCAUCAAUAGGUAUGUGCAGAGUUUUAAAUUAGCCAAAGACGUUCUCCGUGAAUAUGAUCAGCAGUACAAGGUUGUGAUUCAUGCUGACAAGAAGCCUCCUAGAGAACACAGAGGGCGGUUUAAUGCUCCAAUGUGUGAUGAGGUAGCUGUGCUUAUGGUCACAGAAGAACAUGGAAAGAGAGACAUUGUCCUUCGUAAGUCUGAUGGCAGCCUUACAAGAAUAGCUGAAACUCAUCGCAGCUAUGAUGCUUUGCAGUAUCCUCUCAUACUUCCACAUGGAGAUGAUGGAUACUAUUUUCCUGACCAACCAGUCCCAAACCAGUACAAAGUAUCUGCGAUGAAACAUUAUGCGUAUCGACUGAUGAUGCGAGGUGGUGCAGACUUUAACAUCUUGCUACGGUGUCAGAGACUGAUGCAACAAUAUGUUGUUGACAUGUACGCCAAAAUAGAGACCGAACGGCUGUGCUUCCUUUGGCGAGAGCAAACAAAACUUCGAGCUGAACAAUAUGGUGAGUUGAGAGAUGCACUUCUGGCAAGUGAUGGAGAUCCAACAAACAUCGGUAAGACGGUGAUCUUACCUAGCUCCUAUACUGGAGGACCACGGUACAUGCAUGAACGUACACAGGAUGCCAUGUGCUAUGUUAGAAAGUUUGGUAGGCCUUCUCUUUUUAUCACAAUGACGUGCAAUCCCGGCUGGAAAGAAAUCACUGAUGAACUGCUGCCCAUGCAGACAGCACAACAUCGUCCAGACCUAAUUGCACGUGUCUUUAACCUAAAAAGAAAGGAACUCAUCAAACAGUUGACCAAGCACUGCAUCUUCGGCAAGACUAUUGCAUACCUGUGUUCCAUUGAAUGGCAGAAACGUGGUCUGCCACAUGCUCAUAUUUUAGUUUGGUUAACUGCAGAGCACAGCAUUCAUGCUGAUGACAUCGAUGCCGCUAUUUCCGCUGAGUUGCCUGACCCUAACUCUGACAAGGUGCUGUUUGAUAUAGUCAUGACAAACAUGAUUCAUGGUCCUUGCGGUCGCAUGGACAAGCACUCACCCUGCAUGCGAGAUGGAGCAUGCACGAAACGUUACCCGAAAGAGUUUAAAAGUGAUACUCAGAGCGGCCAUGAUGGUUAUCCAUUAUAUCGACGACGUAAACCCGAUGAUUGUGGCCAUCAAGGAAUAAAGAAGAUCAAAGGUAACGAUGUCUGUAUAGACAAUCGAUGGGUAGUACCUUACUCUCCCUACCUCUGCCGAAUGUUUGCCUGUCAUAUCAACGUAGAGCUUUGUACAAGUGUCAAGUCUAUCAAGUAUGUCCUAAAGUAUGUCAACAAGGGCAGGGACAUGGCAGUUUUUUCGCUAGAAAAAAACCAACCUAUCGAUGAAAUAGAUCUGUACCAGACAGCAAGAUACGUCAGUUGCAGUGAAGCUUGCUGGAGAAUACUGAACUUUACCAUUCACGAUCGUCAUCCAGCAGUGACAAACCUUCAUGUCCACCUACUAAAUGGGCAGAGGGUUGUUUACAAUGAUCAAAAUGCUGUUGCUCUUGCUCAACGUCCACCUAAAACCACGUUGACAGCUUUUUUUGAUCUCUGCGCUCGGUAUCGUCCAGAUCUUGACCAGCUUGCUACGCCCGACCAGAGGUUUGUUCAAAAUUUGCUUUAUGUAAAUGUGCCCGAGUACUUUACAUUUCAUUCAGGCACCAAAACCUGGAACCCUCGAAGGCUUGGCACAGCUGUUUACAGUGAUGGUCAAAUAACUUCAUUUAAAAAAAGUGAGGUCAUUGGUCGAGUGUACGCCGUGCAUCCUAAGCAACAGGAAUGCUUCUUUUUACGCCUUCUGCUUCACCAUAACAUGUAA